AUGAAAUUAGAAGAAGAAGCGGACGAAGACGACACAAUGCUCUAUUAUUUGAUCGAGAAGGCGUUGGAUUCGGAUGCGAUCGUCCCGCUCGACGAACUCUGGGUAGAGUACAAAGAGAAGACGGAGACCAGUUUGCCCGUCGACGAUCUCAUUCACAGAUUCCGAUGCCACGUGGCGCCGAGAAUUCAUUCGAUGAAGGAGCUCGAGCCGGAAACAAGAGUCCGAAUGCUGUUCGUCACAAGAACUCCGAUCGAUGAGCACUUUUUGGAGGAACUGAGAGCAGAAGCGGGAGCGGUGAUCGAGCUGGACGCGAGCGGAUCCCUUUUGAAAUACGAAAAAGAGGGUUUGGAGUUAAAGGCACCAGUCGAAAGCGAAAUCGAGGAUAUGCAAAUGUUAAAGUUUCUGGCGCAGAGAGCCCAGGAGACAGAAUGCCUGUUGAAAAUGCGUGAUGUCUGGCGAGAAUACAUCGGAGAAAACGGAAGAUUGACGGAGAGGAGUCUGAGAAAGCGGUGGGAUGAAAUCAGAAUUCUAAUUAACAAAAUUAUGAUCCGUUUCAGAUUCACAAAAAUCCUAGCUCCGAGGAUCCACUCGAUGAACGAAUUCAGUUUGGAGACCCGAGUUCAAAUGCUUUUCUGCUCGUACUCUCCGAUCGACUCAAAGUUCUUGCAAGUGCUCAAAGAGCGAGCCGACGUGGUUCUGGAGGAGAAGCGACGAAUAGUUUGGUACCGGGAAUUCGCGCAGGACGGUCUGAAACUGUCCAUUCCGGGCCAGUAUCACAGCCGGCAGGAGGACGAGCGCAUGCUUCAGUACCUGGCGGUGAAGGCGCGCAAAACGAGGAAACCGAUGAGUAUGAAAGUGAUGUGGGGACAGUACACACUCAACGGAUUCUCGCAUCGCACAACCACCAACCUCCGCUUCCAGUUCGUCUUUUUCAGUCUGAUCUUUCAAACAACUGUUUUGUGAAAUUUCACUUUUAAGAGAGGAAGGUCACUCUCAAAAUUUUCCAGCAGAAUAUCGCGACUUCUGACAAUGUUGAGAACGGUCAAAGUUGAAAUAAAAACAGAUUAUAUAAUUUCAGUUUCCGGCAGUACCUGGCCCCGAACAUCCACCAAAUGGCCGAGUUUGACGUGCAGACCCGGGCGCUGAUGCUGCUCGCCUCGAGCACGCCGGUCGAUGCGCACUUUUUGAGAUAUUUGAAAAGUCAGGCGGAGGUGAAAGUGGACAUCACUCGAAGGAUCAUAAAGUAUAGAGAAAAGGAGAACGGCCCGAGUGCGAAAAGAGCGAAAACUGAAGAGCCGGAUCAAUAGAUUUUGAACUUUUCUAUCCUAAUAAAGCAUCCAUUGAUAGUUUUGUAGUGUUUCCAAAGUUCAAAGGUCGAACACCCAUUACUCAUACCUUUUGUAAACUAAUUGAGCGCCCUAAACUUCCAAUUUUAGGAAUGUCGGGGUUCAGCGAGAAAGGAGACAUCGAUAUAAUCGACUUUGUGGCCGAAAAAGCAAAAGCGGCGAGCUCAUCGACGCCGUUCACACUGAACACGUUGUGGAAAGAGUACAAGGAGAAGACGGGGUGCCGACGGCCCGCCUAUAUUCUCAGCGAGCGACUACAUUACGAGCUAGCGCCGCACAUCCAUCGCAUGCAACGUUUCGAUCGGGAAACGAGAAUCCGAAUGCUCUUUGUCAUAGGCACCCCCGUCAAUGAGCACUUUUUGGAGGAGCUGAGAGCCGAGGAAGGAGUGGAAGUUGAGUUGAACGAGCGGGGAGCCAUCACAAAGUACACGAGAAAUGACCAAGUGAUCCUUAAAUUUUGUGAUGAUAAACCCAGCAAAGUUAUCGUGUACACAAAGCAGGAGGACAUUGAUAUCAUGACUUUCUUGGCGCAGAAAGCCGAGAACACGACGGAUCGGCUCGUGCUCGAACCGUUGUGGCGAGAAUACGUGGAGUCCGGAGCAACGAAUCGGGAAGCGCGGUCGCUGGGCGAACGGUAACCAUUAAGCGGAGCAUCUGGAGAUUUGAUGAAACAAAUUACAGAUUAAGAAGGGUUCUGGCGCCGAAAAUCCAUCGGCUGACCGAGUUCGACAUGGAAACCAAAGUAAAGUUGCUGUUUGCCACGAGCACCUCACUCGACAAACCGUUUCUGGAGUUUCUGCGACAACGAGCACGUGUCGAAGUGGACGGAAAAGGACGGAUUGUGGAGUACGAGGAGACGGGCGGGCUGAAGCUGUCGAAGAAGUACGGGGAGGGCACGUUCACGGAGAAAGAGGACCUCGAACUGUUGAGAUGGCUGGCCGAGAGGGCGAGAAAAGAGCGGAGGGCGAUGAAAAUGAUCGCAUUGUGGAGAGAUUAUGUCACGGAGAACGGGGUCAAUCGAGCACCGAAUCAUUUGAGUGCCCGGUGGGUUGAAAAUUCAAAUUUUAGGGCGAAAUAUCGUGUUUCUGUUAAAUAGCGGAAAUUGCUGUUUGUGCACAUUUUGAACCUAGAAUUGAAGGUUAUAGACAGGAAAUUCUUGAAUUUUAGUUAUUUUCAAAUAUAUUUCGGUGGAGCUCUCACUUGCCAGCUUUGCAGAUUCCGAAAUCAGCUGGCGCCGCGCAUCCAUAAACUGCCGAACCGUCUGUUCGACACGGAGACAAAGUUGCUGAUGCUGUUCGCUUCGAAAACGCCGGUCAACGACGCGUUUCUCAAGGUGCUGAACGAAAAAGCGGAUAUUCUGGUGGACGGUUCGCGGCGAAUUGUACGAUAUGACGGAAUGAAGAGCACGACGGGAACGGAUAGUGAAAAUGAAGAGAGCGCAGAGGAAAAAGAAGAAGAAGAAGUGGAAGAGGUGGCGCCGAUCCGGUACAAUUUCAGCAAAGAGGAAGAGAUGGAGAUGUUGAGAUACCUGAUCGGAAGGGCGCGAAUUCGAAAGGAGAAGCUGAGUAUGGUGGCGUUGUGGAAAGAAUACGUGGCGGAGGGGCAGAGCUUUCGAUCGGCGGACAGUCUCCUCACGAGGUCAUCAUUUCCGAAAGUUGGAAAAGGGAGCGUGGCCUGACUGGCGGCGGGCAGAUUUUGAAAUAAUUUUAGGACGAAAUUCGAACAUUUUUUCCAGAUUCCGAUACCAUAUCGCUCCGAAAAUCCAUCAAAUGGAAGAGUUCGAUGUGGAGACGCGAGUGAUGCUGCUGUUCGCCUCGAAAACUCCGGUGGAUAGCGAAUUUUUGAAAAUGCUCAAAGAACAGACGACGCUCGAAAUCGACUCGUUCGGGCGAAUCGUCUCGUUCGACGGAAUGGAUUGGGUGGAGCGCGACGCGCAAAUGUUGAAGUGUCUGGCCGAGCACGCGAGAAAAACGCGAAUGUCGCUGAACAUGAACAAGUUCUGGAGCGGAUACGUGCUCAACGGCUUCUCCACGUCUUCCGCCAGCUCGAUCAGCAAACGAUUCCGAGAGAAAAUAGCGCCGAGGAUCCAUCUGAUGACGGAUUUCGAUGUGGACACGCGAGUUCUGAUGUUGUUCGCUUCGAACACGCCCGUCGACAAGCAGUUCCUGGAGGAUCUGCGAAAGGACGCCGAGGUCGAGGUGGAUAUCUUCGGAAGGAUCACUCUUUACAGGGCAUUCGAGAAGGGCGGCCUCGAACUCCUACUCCCCUUUUCGCCCAUACUUCCGAACGCGCAGACGGAAGACAUUGAGAUGAUACGGUUUUUGGCGGACAAGAGUAGAGAGACGACGCGGCCACUGGACAUGUCAAUGGUAUGGAGAGAGUUCGUCGUGUCGGGAAGAACGACGAGAUCGCUGGAAGUGAUUCGAGAACGAUUCGCAGAGUUGGCGCCGAGAAUCCAUCAAAUGGGGAAGUUCGACGUGUCGACCAAGGCCCGGAUGCUCUUCGCCUCCAGCACUCCCGUCGACAAAUUCUUCACUGUCCUGAUGAGAGACGGCGCGGAAGUGGUUCUGAGCGCGCAACGCCGUAUUCUCCAGUACACGGAAUUCGCGAAGGGCGGCCUCCGACUAUCAGUCUACCAGCACAGUCGGAAUGUGUUCGAGUCGGAAGAGUUGCGAGAUAUGCUGGCGUUUCUGACGGAAAAGUUCAGAGGGAUAAGAGUGCCGCAGCAGAUGGUCGAGGUGUGGGAGGAGUACGCGAGAUCGGGAAGGACGAAGAGACCCGCGUGGGAUGUGUACAGACGGUUCGUGCUAGAAAUGUAACACCCGAGAGUGUGAUGAUAGGUCGGAAACGAGCAUUUGCGCCUGCGCAAUUUGAAAUGAAAAGGCGCUUGCGCAAAUGUUCGUUUCAGACCUUUCGUCACACUUUCGACGAACCCUUUCCUUUAGAUUCCGAGCCGUGGCAAUGCGCAUUCCGGAAAUCGACGAUCUGGACAUGGAAACUAAAGUGAUGAUACUGUUCGGCUCGAGCACACCCCUUCAGGAAUCGUUUCUGAUCCGAUUGAGACGGCACGCGGAGGUGAAAGUGGACAAGUUCUCGCGGAUUGUCUGCUACAAAGAGUUGGGCGGUCUGGAAUUGAGAACGAAAAGCGAGGGACCGAAAGUGAAAAGAGCCAAAGUGGAAGAAGUGAUGGAAGUGAAGGAGGAGCCCGUCUGGGAAGAAGAUCCGAUCAUUUUGACGUCGUCUCAUCAAGAAAAUUCGCAUCUUCUCGAAUAUUUCAAACAGGAAGAACUGGUUAAAAUUGAGGAGCCGGAAUAUGUCUAG